AUGAAUAAUAAGAAUAAUAAAGAUCGUCGAUUAGGAUUAUUUGAAAUAUAUCAAUAUGCUGAUAAAUGGGAUAUUUUGUUGAUGAUCAUUGGUACUAUUGCUGCUAUAAUUACCGGUGCAUCUUAUUCAUUGUAUCUCUUCGUUUAUAAGCAGAUGGCUGAUCAUCUCGUUGAUGAAGGUAAAUUGAACACCAAUACAACAAUCAUGAAUGUAUCGAUUAACAACAGUGACGAGUGUCAUGUUAUAUCAACUGUGAAUUCGUCUUAUUCACCUUAUAAUGCGAUAAUAAAAAACACUAAAUGGAUUUUAUUGAUUGGUUUUCUUAAUAUUUUCUUCUGUUGGCUGGCAUGGACAAGUUGGACAAUGACUGCUGAAAGACAAAUUCGUCGUAUUCGUUACGAAGUAUUUCGAAAUAUUUUAUAUCAAGAAAUUGGUUGGUUUGACAGACAGAGUGCAGGUGAAUUAUCUAGUCGACUGAUAAUGAAUCUAGACAAAAUGAAAGAUGGAAUUAAUAGCAAAAUAAUCGAACUUCUUACAUUAUCAGCAGAAACUAUUAGUAUACUUAUAUAUGCUUUUGUUACUGGAUGGAAAUUAACAUUAGUAUAUGUAGCUGUUAUACCAUUUAUUAUUCUUUUAUUUUAUUUGACUAGUAAGGUCACCAUGAGAUUUAUUAGUAAAGAGAUGGAAGCAUAUGGACAUGCUGCAUCAAUUAUUCAAGAAGUAUUACAGAAUAUUCGAUUAGUAACAUCAUUUCAUGGUCAAGAAAAAGAAAAAGAACGGUAUAUGAAUUAUUCUAAGGGUGAUUCCACCGUAUAUACGACACUUUAUACAUUACUUUCUCCAAACUGA